AUGCCACAAGUUCGCAGCGGAGACGUAGACGAGAUUUCGUUUGUCUCACGCGAAGUGGAAGAUCCCGAAGGGGAAGGUCUCGAACCCGAAGUACUGGAAAUUCUUGGCGCCGAUCCUUCCAAGCCGAAGAGCACAGGAAUCGUCCUCCAGGAGGAACUGGAAACACGUUGGAGCUAUUGGCUUUCAACCUUGCUGGACAAGGAGGAAAUGGACACCCUCCUAGCCCAAUACUUACGUGAGUCUAAUAAAUGUUUCUUCGAAGCGCCAAAAUUAAAUCCCGAAAUUGCAGCCAUGUCUACGGAAGCCCUCAUACAAAGGGACCAGAGAUUUAUAGCAGCACAGAAUAAAGCGGGGUCUGCGCUGGUGGCUCUAGGCUCGGCUAUUUCUGCUCUCUUAGCAGACGACGAAAUAGAUAGGCUCGAGCUUCUCCGUAGGUUAUGUGAUGCGGGAAAGUUAAUGACUCAAGUCCAUCGAGGCUUUUCAGCCACUAGAAGAGCCUUUGUAUCCCCCAAUAAGCAGGCAGUCAAAGUCGGGUUCUUUAAACUCCAAAAGCCCGUUUGUCAGAUUCAAGAAAUCACAAACGGGCACAAAGUCUCGGGGUCAAUACAAGAAAACCAGCUCAGGGAGAUACAAACAAGGUCAACAACAGUCGAACUCUCGGAAGGACAAGAACACGUCUCAUACGGCAUCGACGCCGCAAACGGCCGCCGAAGAGACGAAGAAAUAAAGGUAAGAAACCUUGCAGGAAAUCUAAGACAUUUCCAGCAUGAAUGGAAGGCGAUUGAUUCGGACUCAUUUGUCUUGCAAUGCAUUAAGGGAUAUAGGAUACCCUUCACCUUCCCACCCUCCCAGCAAUCAGUCCCACCGGAGCCCACGUUCUCGGAAGCCGACUUUUCUGAGCUGAGAUGUGCGUUGAACCGCUUGCAGGACCUUGCCGCUAUCGAACCUUGCACCCCUUGCGAAGGUCAGUUCGUCUCUACAUAUUUUCUGGUAGACAAGUCGAAUGGAGAAAAGAGAUUCAUUCUCAAUCUCAAAAAACUAAACAAAUUUAUAAAGGCCCCUCAUUUCAAGCUAGAGGACAUUAGAACUGCAGUUAAACUAAUAUCUCCAGGUUGUUUCAUGGGAAAGAUAGAUCUUAAGGAUACUUACUUCCUAGUGCCUGUACGCCAACAGGACCGAAAAUUUCUUAGAUUCCUCUUCCAGGGCAAAUGUUAUCAAUUUACAUGUAUGCCCUUCGGGCUAUCCACCAGUCCAUUUGCUUUCACCAAACUCAUGAAGCCGGUGGUACAUCACCUUCGCUCCAAGGGCCUGAUCUCCUCAAUCUACCUGGACGAUCUCUUAUGCAUAGGCCCAUCCCAGGAGAAAUGCCAGACCAAUAUACGGACAACGAUUGCUCUACUUUCAAGGUUAGGAUUCAUCAUUAACUGGGAAAAAAGUCAGCUUACCCCUGCCACUCGCUGCGAAUAUUUAGGUCUCAUAUUAGACUCUAGAACAUUCACUUUAGAAUUGCCAGCCAAAAAACAACUGGCAACCAAGGACAUGAUCAAGCGCUUCCAACCAAGAACGCGCUGCUCUAUUAGAAGUUUUGCCAGCUUCAUAGGAACUCUAAUAUCCUGCUGUCCCGCGGUGGCAUAUGGUUUCCUCUACACCAGAAAUCUUGAGAAAGAAAAGCAGCUAAGAUUAAUCCUUAAUGAUGGAGAUUUUGAAGCCUGGAUGACAGUUCCUCGGUCAAUUCAACAAGAUAUUAGGAUGGUGGGAAAAACAUAUUAUGUCUACACAUAG